GGCCGGGCGCUGAAGAUGUCCGAGGUGCGGCCGCCCCCGCUGCGGGCGCUGGACGAUUUCCUGCUGGGCCCCGCGCGCCUGGCGGCCCCGGACCCGCGCGACCCGCAGCGCUGGAGGAACCGGGUCCUCAACAACCUGCUCUACUACCAGAGCAACUACGGGCUGGGCCUGGGGCUGGCGCUGCUGCUGGGGGGGUACUUCCGGCCCCUGCACACCCUGCUCUCCGGCUCCGCCGUGACCCUCAUCUUCGUCGCCUUCGUCUGGGCGGCCGAGAACAAAGCCCCGAUUCGGCGCUUCCGGCGCAGCUACCCCGGCGCCAGCCUCCUGGCCGUGCUGGGCAGCGCCUAUGGCCUGGUGUCUCUCUUGGGGGGCUCGGAGGUCUUCCUGCUGACAGUCGCCCUGCCCAUCUCCAUGAUUCUCAUCCACGCCUCCGUUCGCCUCCGGAACCUCAAGAAUAAAAUCGAGAACAAGAUCGAGAGCAUUGGGCUGAAGAGGACGCCCAUGGGGCUACUGCUGGAGGCGAUGGGCCAGGAACAAGAAGCUGGCUCUUAAGGAGUGAGACGGACACCGCCCCCCCUCCGCCGUCCUUCCCACCAGCCCCUCACCGUUGCCUCGGGCCUGCGCUUCGCUACUCUCCUACAUGCCCGCCCGCACUGCCGUGAAGAUGCAGCUUCCCCCUGAGUCGAGCCAGGGCCUUGAAGUUGGACAUGGGGAGGGGAUGAGCUACAGCUAACCUGUGGAACUACCUGCCACAUGAUUUGAUACAGAGGACCAGAUAAUUUAGCCAGAGGGGGUGUGGGGGGGAAGAUGUGGAACUACUUGCCAGAUGAUUUGACCCAGAGGUCCGGAGACUUUAGCAGGGGACAAAGGGCUCUAGUUUACAUGUGGAACUACCAACCACAUGAUUUGACCCAGAGGCCUGGAGAGCUUAACAGGAGGAUGAGCUGUGGUUAAUCUGUAGAACUACCUGCCACAUG